GCGGCACGCAGCACGCCCCCGAGCUCCCCUAGGUCCGCUCCACCUUCCCCUCCGUCCAGAAUCGGCGCUCCCGUCCUCCACCGACCCCGUGGCUAGCUAGGGUUUCGACCGCCACCCCUAACAUCGCCGGGAUCAGCCAAAUCCGGCGACGGCGAGGCCAGAGUUCGAUGGAUCCGUUACGGGCGUGGCGCAGGUCACCUUGGUGCGGUCUGGACGGCGACUACGGCACGAGGGAUCGUCCUUCCUACUCAAGGAGGCGGAGGACGAGGGGCGCACCUAGCUGGUGGCCCUGUCCUGCUCGAGGAGGCGGGGGCUGCCGAGCUCAAGCACGGCCACGACGACCCACCUCGGCAGAGAUGCAGGGAGGGAGGGACGUCCAUGGAUUGGACUGCAAGGAUUGGAUGCAAACCAAUGCACAUGAGGAGAGAUGCAAGCCAGGCCAUGACCUAAAGCGUGUUCUUCCCUUGUAGAUGUCCUUGGAGAAGAUGGCCAUUGGAGUGUAGGGGAGAAACAACCUUGUCCUGCUCGAGGAGGAGGAGGAGGAGGACCACCCGAGCUCGAGGACGACACGGCAACAGGUAGCACUCGCCUCUCUCCCAAGGUGAAGGUCUGAUCCGCCUGUUUAGACGGUCUUCUCUCGUCUUAUGCAUGCGAGGGGAGAAGAAAGCCAUUGGACUGAAUUAUAUUUGCAUGUGAGGGGAGUGAUCCUUUUGGUUGAUGCAGAGUAUAGAUUCACAAAAUUCAUCACAUGAGCGUACUACCUAUAUCCAAAUUCUGGAUACCACUUGCAUCUUUUGUAUGUACACACGAAAAAGCAUGACGGUUUGCUUCAGUUUGUAUGUGUCCAAUUGUUUUUUACUUUUGACUGAAACUAUCUAUCUUGGUGGCACUUGCAUCUCCUGUACAUACAUACAUAUGAAUCAGCACCACACAUUUCUUCAGUUUGUAUGUGUCAAUUUUUUUUGGUUGAACUUUGACUGAAACCAACUGGAUGGCACCUCAAUCUGUACAUACACAUGAAUCAGCAUCACCCUUGGUUCAGUUUUGUAUGUGUCCAUUUGUUUUUACUUUGA